GUGUGUAGGGAAGAAGUAGGACAUCGAAUGGCAAGUAGUUGUUGUGACUUGGCCGAAAAACAUGAGAGGUAUCCAAAGAAGAGGUGCUUUUAAACUGGUUCUGUUCCUUGGUUCUCUGACAGCAAUCUAUGGCUCUGCUAUUAAUCCCGAAGGAUCGGCCUCGCCAUCUUUAGUUGCACCAUGGGAAGAACACCUGAAGGAAAUCAGGCCUCAGGCGUCCCCAGAUGUCCAAGCUGCUGCUGCUGAAGGACUGGUCAAGCGUCUGCUACCAGACAGAGCGAGCGACUUCUCUUUUUCUGUUGAUCCUUCCAUUGGUCCCGAAGGAAGGGAUACCUUCCAGGUGGUGUCCCCAGGUAUGAACGCCUCCGUGGAUAUUGUGGGCACCAGCGGCGUCGCUGCUGCCUGGGGUUUGUUACAUUUCCUGAAAUAUUCCUGCGACAGUCACGUGUCUUGGGAGGCGGAUCAGCUAUCCCUUCCCGAUUCUCUCCCGGAAGCCAAAAUCCAGAUCACCUCGAAUGACAGAUUUCGUUACUACCAGAACGUCUGCACUGUGUCAUACUCCAUGGCAUGGUGGAAAUGGAGCAGAUGGGAACGUGAGAUUGACUGGAUGGCUCUCAAUGGGAUCAACAUGCCCUUGGCAUUUACUGGCCAGGAAGCCAUCUGGCAACGAGUAUAUUCCAAACUAGGCGUCACACAAGAGGAACUCGACGACCACUUUGCAGGACCCGCCUUCUUAGCAUGGGGUCGCAUGGGCAACAUUUUUGGAUGGGGUGGCCCCCUUCCGCAAUCUUGGCACGAACAGACAUUAUCUCUCCAGCAUCAGAUCCUACAAAGGAUGCGAGACUUUGGGAUGUAUCCUGUUUUACCAGCGUUUGCAGGCCACGUUCCAGCUGGCCUAACGAGGGUGUAUCCAGAAGCAAACAUCACAAGACUGGGACCAUGGUCACAUUUCAACUGCACUUACUCCUGCACUUACUUGUUGGAUCCUAAUGACCCAUUGUUCCAGGAGAUUGGCAGUAAAUUCAUAGAAGAGAUGACUUCAGAAUUCGGCACGGAUCACCUGUACAACUGCGAUACAUUCAAUGAAAUGACUCCACAGUCAUCCGACUCAGCCUACUUGAGAAGUGUCGGAGCGUCUGUAUUCAGUGCCAUGACUAAGGCUGACCCCAACGCCAUCUGGGUGAUGCAAGGAUGGCUCUUCUACAACGCAGCUUGGUUCUGGCAAAAACCAGAAGCUGAAGCGCUCUUGACGUCAGUGCCCAUUGGUCGUAUGUUGGUACUCGACCUGGCCUCCGAAAUGGCGCCACAGUAUUCACGACUGGAGUCGUACUUCGGUCAGCCUUUCAUUUUCUGCAUGUUGCACGACUACGGGGGCGUCGAUGGAUUUUUCGGCAACGUUGACGGUCUGCUAAGCAACAUGAUGGAGGCAAGGGCCUUCCCGAAUGUAACCAUAGUAGGAACUGGACUGACACCUGAGGGCAUCAACCAGAACUAUGUGAUGUACGAUCUCAUGAAUGAGCUCGCCUGGAGGACCACCGCCCCCAACAUCACUGACUGGGCAAAGUCGUAUUCUUCAAGGCGCUACAAUUCAGCUGAUACAAAACUUCAGGAAGCCUGGCAAUUGUUAAUGCGGAGUGUAUAUGACUGCAAAUCCUUCCUUCGAUAUCAUGGUAAGAACGUCAUCAUUAUGCAACGACCCCGGCUGAAUCCUCGCCAUUUCAUAUGGUACUCUGUAGAUGACGUAGUGAAAGCAUGGGACCUUUUCAUUGAAGCGACACUCGUAGUGUAUGGAAGAAGUGACGGAUUUGGAACUGCUGAGCAAUAUGGUAGUGAUUCUGAGACAGAGAAAGCAAUAUCACAAGGUCAAGAAUUGAGCGAGUCACAAGAAUUCCUGGAGGAAGAAUUGCAGGAGCAUAAAGAAAAAGAGGAAGAGGUAGAAGAUGAAGAAGUUGGGCAAUCUGUUUCAACAGAUACUGAGAGGUCGUCCCUCCAUGAUUCGAACAAAAGCACAGGGUCCUCGAUGAAGAAAUGCAGGGAAAAAGCAGUCACUCGACCAGCCGGAACUCUGCCACGCGAAGAUAUCAGUGUUCAAAACAAAGCUUCCAUGACGAGCCAUUCUCGCGGAGAGGGAAAUAUGCAGAAGUCGGAUUUUUCUGGAGCAAUUCCAGGCAGCCUUCGCAUGAGGGCAAAAGAGACCGACAUUCCGAUGAAAAUAAAAGUUGCUGAUGAGUCCAGGUCACGGUAUGUGGCAGCUCCGAGGAGAGAGCCAACUUUCUUGCAUGACUUAGUGGACAUGACGCGACAAGUACUUCAAAUUCUUGGAGGCCAGGAGGCACUUAGAAUGAUCGGCUACUACCACGAUGGCGACAAAUUCGGAGUUCAACUUGCGAACAGUGACUUGCAAAGCAUUUUGGAGGACAUGGAUUCUAUCUUAGCCACAUCACCCGACUUCCUCUUAGGUGCCUGGACGCGAGAUGCUGCGUCUUGGGCUACAAAUGAACAGGAGCGCGAGUUGUACGUACACAACGCCUUGAACCAAGUGACCAUAUGGGGCCCAGAAGGACAGAUCGUCGAUUACGCUGGUAAGCAGUGGUCGGGCCUGAUCUCCCGUUACGUGCAGCCCCGGUGGAAACUUUUCAGCAACAUGCUCAUAGAGAGCCUUGAGGACGGCCUGCCUUUCGACAGCAAUGCAUUCGAGCAGAAAGUCUUCGAUGAAAUAGAAGAACCUUUCUCUAGGGACGUGAACGCCACAUUUCCUACAGAGCCAACAGGAGACACCAUAGAAACCGCCCUUCUCCUCUACGCGAAAUAUCGGCCAUUUUUCGAUGCAGCUUUCAAGGUCGAUGAUUCAGUGCAAGAACAGGAUGACGAAAGCUUAGAGCCAAAGUCUCUUUCUACUCCCAUUCCUCUACCAUCACCUGAAACUGGUAUGAAUAAGAGGAAAAGAAUGCAUUCCAGUGGAACCAAACCAACAAGACCUAGAGGUUACAGCGGAGCAACGAAGAGGUCGAAAUACCAGGUGAUGGUGAAGAGCAAUUUACUUGACGACAACCUCAAGACCUUCCAGAAAAAGACCCUAAUAAGAAAGAAAGACGAAGAUUCCGAAAACAGCAUUUGGAAUAGUUUUGUUUGAGUCUGUUGAAGAAAGGAAUUCAUGUUAUGGUAAUCAAUUAGAAGAAUGUUUCAUUUUGAUGUCCAAGAUUGAAUAGACUUUCUUUAUUAACUAAUGAUAAAACGGUGUUUUGACAUAAAAUUUCCAUGGUCUAUUUUUUAGGCAAUGUAGUUUGCUAUGGAGUGAAAGAUUGUUAUGCCCAAAAAGUCGUGAGAUAUAAAUUUGGUUUUUCGAAGUUGCAGGAUACAAAGAGAAAGUCAUUAACAAAAUCUUCAGCUGCAUUAAGCUCUCAUUGCGAAAUCGUAAUUAACUGCUCUUUUGAAAGUUCUCAUACUCUUCGUUAUGUUAAUUCAGCCAAGCACGUUACGAUUAAUUACGCUAAAAUGAGGCAAUUAGUAAUUAUGCUUCCGCGACUAGGUAAAGUAAUUAACCGAGAUUCGCAAAGCGCAAUAAAUUUCAAACAACAAUAACAUUUUCCUUGUCAUAGCAACUUGCCAACACAAUAUUCAAUUCUCUCAUCAUUCUAACUUUGCUUGAUGGGCUGAGAAUGAAA